AACGCUAUCUGUCAAUAAUCGUGAUAGCACUUCUUUUAUCCACUACUUUUCUAAUGGGAAAGACAACUCCAAACUGAAAGUUGCUGAGAGAGCAGUAACCCGCUGUGCACACACUGACGACAUCACGAUGUGGCUCUUAACCAAUCGGGUUUAGAGUAUUCAUCUAGGGAGUUCCCCAAGUAAAUUUUGCGUAUUUCUUGUUACCAACUACGCGAUUAACAUUUAACUAGCCUAGUUCUAGCUUUUUAGAAAGAUCUAGUUUUAGUUUCAUCUUUUUAUGAUGUCAAACGAUUCACAAUCGGAGAAGAGGACGGCUAAAUGGACAGGCAGUGGAACCCCAAUUGCUGAAGGAGAGGAAAGCAGUUCCCCAAGUGCCCACCAGACUAGGCAAAAAGCCACGGCUGCCGACGAUGAUGACGACCAACAAAUUACAGACCUUGAGCAGGAAUUGGCCGAGUUAGACUUGGAGGAACAGCGGAAAGCAAAGAAAAAACGUAUAGCCUCUCUCCAGCGACAGAUAGAAGAGAAACGGAACAAGUUGGCUACGGUAGAAAUAUCGGAUUUGAACGAAAAAGAAAACAAGAAUGUGGUCAAUGUGGCUGAUGGGCUGGCUUGGAGCUACUACUCUGGUUAUCUGAAGCUUGUGCUGCCAAGACUGGAACAAAGGAUAUCAGAAUCGGAGAAGUUUCGUCAUAAAAUAACGGACAAGAAGCUUUACAUUCUACUGCCAAAAUCGUGUUUCACUUGUGAUGACAUUGAACAUGCGGAUUCCAGAGUGAAAUGGGCCGGUAAUCUCCCAGAGAGUAAAAUCAACAGGGGAGGAAUUAAGGAAAGAAGUUACAAACAUGCGGUACACGAAAUAGUGAUGCCGCCCUUCCCAGAUGGGACAGGGGAAAAGUACCACUUUAUCGUGGAGUAUGCCACGCCUCUGAUGACCUUGUAUGAUAUGUCUAAGUUUGCAGACGCUCAAUUAACCGAUCCAGAGCGGGAUCACCAGGUGUUGUUGUUCAUGCAAAAACUGACCGAGCUUCUGGAGAAGAGUAAAGACUGCAAAGGACAGUAUGACUGCAGAGGGAAGUAUGAAUUAGUUUCAUUUGAUGAAGAGGAAGAUAAGAUUGCAGACAUCCUGAUUGCUCGGCAUAAUAAUGCCAACAAGGUGGGUGAAGAAUCUGAAGAAUUGAGCAUACCAGUGCAGUGACUGAUUUGAACAACACUAUGCUAAUUAAAUGUGGAGGGACUCUGUAAAAUAACACAAUCAAAAAUUUAAAUUGUUGCAAUGUGAAGAUAAGAGCAGUGAAUACUCUUUUCAAUCAAAUAGCUCACAAAAAACAGGAAGGAAUUUCUUGUUUUAAUUUUAUGUAUUUUAGGUCAUGAGGCAGAAGAAAAAUAUCAACUUAUUAUUAGUUUGAUCUAAAACCAAAUUCUCAAACUAAAAUCUUACAAAAUGUAUUGCAGACAGAGUGGAGAAUUGAUAUAUUUGUGUUUAGAGUGGAAGGGUUUAUUUACCUUUAAGUAAAACAUUUCUCUCUUUUUUCUUAAUUAAUGCAUUUUACUUAUAGUUGAGCACAAUAUUCAUUUCUUUUGAGAAAAUUAGUUUUAAAGCCUGCAUCUUAUAAAUUGUGACUGAUAAAUGGCUUGUUCAAAAACAGACCAGCCUAACAAAGUGGACUAUUUGCAUGACAACUAAGUAGACAUAUAUCUUAAUGUGACUUAAAUAAAUCACAAUGAACUACUCGCUUUCAUAUAUUUGCUUUGUUUGUUGCUUUUGCUUUUAAUCUUUUUCUGUGAUGUACUACUAAACAUAAUUCCAAGUUGUUUUAUUGUAACUUAGGUAAGGGGUGUAGGGGUCAUUACAUAAUACAGAAGUAAGUGUUUUUAAGUGUUAUGGCCAGUGAAAAUGAUACAAAAUUAAAACCCUGUAGACUGUGAA